AUGUUUGAUUGGAUUGUUCCAUCGUUUUUCAUGCAAAGUACGACGUCAACUACUAAAUCCUCAACCUCAAUUCGAAUACUUGAUAUUCAACAGUUAGAUGACUUAUAUUCCCUAUCUCAUCCAUUUAUAAAAUGUCCGAAUACCAUUGCUCACCUUCGGAAAACGAAGGUAAUGUUCCUAAUGCGAGGAUUGCCUGGAUCGGGUAAAUCCACCCUGGUGAAUAUUCUCAAAAGAAUAUAUUCGCAAUCGUUUGUGAUUUGUUCGGCAGAUAAUUAUUUCCUUGAUAGUCAAGGUGUGUAUAAUUUCAAUCGGGAUAAAAUUGGCGAAGCACAUCGCGUAUGUCAGGAACAUGCAGAAGAUGCUUGCAAAAAUAAUGUCUUAGCUGUGAUUAUUGAUAAUACAAACAUCCGAAUGGAUGAAUGUAGACCAUAUUUUCAAAAAGCGUCCACUUAUGGUUAUAUUGUGAUUAUUGUUGAACCACGAACGAAUUGGAAACGUGAUGCUAAUAUUCUGAAUAUUCGAAAUACACAUCAAGUACCAGCAGAUGUUAUCGAAGGGCGUCUACGUCAGUAUACUCCGCUGAUUCCAUUCUAUUUCGGUCUGUUUCUUAAUCAAGAACAAUCGAAUUAUGUUCUCCAGCAAGCAUACGGUUAUUAUCACCAAGCUCUACAAAUGUUUCCACAGCUACGAAAUGAUCUUGAAAAAGUUAGCCGUUCGAAAAACAUACAUGUGAAUAAUCUGCUACAUCGAUCGAAUAUGACUGUACAGCCGAAGAUUCUUCAUUGCACUGUCAAAUUCAUUGGAAAGACAACAGAUCAAACUCGAAAUGAAUAUUCAAAAUAUGCUGGAAACCGUUUGGUUUCACAUUUACUAGGGAAAAUGUGUUCUGGUUAUAUUGUUGGUUUUGCUAUUACGCCACGUGCUCGUCUUCUUUUUACUGAUCGCAAUGUUUGGUCGCUAUGGGACCAAGAUGAUAAUGAGACUGUAACGAAAAAUUCAACUCCAACAGCUAGAAAUGAUAAUGCCCGAGGUUACGGUAAUAAAAAACAGCAGCAGCAGCAACAAAAUCGUGGGCCUCGUCGUAAUAACAAAUCAAAGAUUACAACAACUGAUGAUGAUUAUGAUACAUCACCUAUGGUUCGAUCCGUAGCUGAUGAUGAUGUGCUUUUAGUUGAUAAAGUUACUCCAUCCAAUGAAAGUGAAGAAAUGUCAUUUCUUCAUCCAACAUUUGGUUUUCUUUCACGAGCUCAUUUGACAUGUGGCGUUGGGCCAGGUGUCAGCGCAGUUCAAACCGGUCAAGAUAUGAUCGACAUGAUUCGAAAAGAAAGUGAUAGUCUUCAAAGAAAUACUCGAGUGCUGGACAGUGAUAAUGAACAGAUGGUUAUGAAAUAUUUCGGUGAUGGACAUUGUUUCGUCUAUUUAAAAGAACCUAUUCCGGUCGAAACAAUUUUUACGGGUUUCUUUAAUUAA